CAAGCCGGCUAGUGGACUACAAAUGGACGCGCACUGCGGUCGACCGGCAGUUAGUGGCUUCGGUGCGACGCGGCCUUGGUUCUUGAGGUGGCCGGGCCUGGAGGGCCUGACGGGCGGGUGCGCGGGCUACGGCGGCCGGCGGGGGGCGGUGGCAGUGGCCGUUGCCCAGUUUCGGGAGGCAGGGCUGUGAGCCUCUGGCGCUGCGAGUUCGGCGGACCAGGACUUGGCUGCGGCAGGUGCGGGCUGAGGCCAUGGGCGACCGCGGCGGCGCGGGCGGCUCCCGGCGCCGGAGGACGGGGUCGCGGCCCUCGACCCACGGUGGCAGCGGGCCCGCGGCGGUGGAAGAGGAUGUGCGGGCCGCGGCGGCUGGCCCAGACGUGGGAGCUGGGGGGGACGCCCCGGACAAGGACGGAGACGCCUAUGUGGGCAGCAGCCAAUUGGAGCUGAGGUGCCAUCGGGUGCAGGAUUCUUUGUUCAGCUCCGACAGUGGCUUCAGCAAUUACCGUGGCAUUCUGAAUUGGUGUGUGGUGAUGCUGAUCUUGAGCAAUGCACGGUUAUUUUUGGAGAACCUCAUCAAGUAUGGCAUUCUGGUAGACCCCAUCCAGGUGGUGUCUCUGUUCCUGAAGGACCCCUACAGCUGGCCUGCCCUGUGCCUGGUCAUUGUGGCCAACGUCUUUGCUGUGGCUGCGUUCCAGGUUGAGAAGUGCCUGGCUGUGGGUGCCCUGACAGAGCAGGUGGGGCUGCUGCUACAUGGGGCCAACCUGGCCACUGUUCUCUGCUUCCCGGCGGCUGUGGCUUUGCUGGUCGAAUCCAUCACUCCAGUGGGCUCUGUGCUGGCGCUGACAGUGCACACCAUCCUCUUCCUCAAACUCUACUCCUACCGUGAUGUCAACCUGUGGUGCCGCAGAGCCAAGGCAAAGGCUGCUUCCAAGGGAAAGAGGGCUGGUGGGGCUGCUGCCCAGGGAAGUGUGAGCUACCCCGACAACCUGACCUACCGUGAUCUCUACUACUUCCUCUUUGCCCCAACUUUGUGUUAUGAGCUCAACUUUCCCCGCUCUCCCCGCAUUCGGAAGCGUUUUCUGCUGCGAAGGCUCCUUGAAAUGCUGUUCUUCACCCAGCUCCAGGUGGGGCUCAUUCAGCAGUGGAUGGUUCCUACCAUCCAGAACUCUAUGAAACCCUUCAAGGAUAUGGACUACUCUCGAAUCAUGGAGCGGCUGCUGAAGCUGGCGGUCCCCAAUCACCUCAUCUGGCUCAUCUUCUUCUACUGGCUCUUCCACUCCUGCCUGAAUGCUGUGGCAGAACUCAUGCAGUUUGGAGAUCGGGAGUUCUACAGAGACUGGUGGAACUCUGAGUCUGUCACCUACUUCUGGCAGAACUGGAACAUACCCGUGCACAAGUGGUGCCUCAGACACUUCUAUAAGCCCAUGCUCCGGCGGGGCAGCAGCAAGUGGAUGGCCAGGACAUUGGUGUUCCUGGCCUCAGCUUUCUUCCAUGAGUACCUGGUGAGCGUCCCCCUGCGAAUGUUCCGCCUCUGGGCUUUCACAGCCAUGAUGUCUCAGAUCCCACUGGCAUGGAUCGUGGGCCGCUUCUUCCAGGGCAACUAUGGCAAUGCAGCCGUGUGGCUCACGCUUAUCAUUGGGCAGCCAGUGGCUGUGCUCAUGUAUGUCCACGACUACUACGUGCUCAACUAUGAAGCCCCAACAGUGGCAGCCUGAGCCACUCUUCACUGCCCAUGGCCAAAGCCAUCCUGCUCUUCAGGGCCUCCUAUGCUGGGGCUGGAGGCUGGCUGCACAGUAGCAUCCUCCUGCCCUGGGAGGCCUCUCUGCCCCUGUGGGGUUCCUCCUAUGCCCCUUAGGGAGGUGGUAGCAGACCAGUCAGAUGCUGGCCAGGAGUCUGCUGACUGCCCAGGGGAUAAAGGUGUCAAUAAAGUGCUGUCCUAUGACUUCUCAAA